AUGUUGUUCCACGACAUGGCAAUGGGCAUGGUGCUGCUGCAGAGCGGCUUGCACCUGGACACGCCUCCAAUCCUGCGGCCCGAGCAAACGGCAGAUGCGCAGUACUGGGCCUUCGGUGAGGGAGCCCUUUCGCAGUUGUGGGGCUGCGACGCCUCCCAUGCCGCGAGGAACUUCUCCUGGUGGAGCCAAACCUGGGCUGCGGGCUUCACCGCUUUGGCGGGGGACCCCGCCUACAGCGACCCCGCGAUCAAGACACUCGACGGCGUCUUCGUUUGGGACGCGGAGUAUUGUUCACUGAGCGGGUUCCUGGAUCUGCCAAACAAGGAGCUGCUACUGAACAACUACUCUGCGGUGAUGGCCGUUGAAGAGGCUGCGUGCGCGCAAGAACCGCUGAAGACCCUUAAGCUCCAGGGUCAGGCGCUGAGCACCGUCUUUCAGGAGGAGGACCUGGCGUUUGAGAUCGAGAAGCGGAAGGUUGCCGCACAGCGGGAAGCUCCUCUGCAGAAGGAGGGCGUGUUGGACCGGGUGAGCGCUUACCACUGUGCACGCGGCUCCUACAGCUGCAUGGUGCACUUCUGCUUGCACAACUUUUGCAGGGUGGGAGAUCGCAUUGCUCAAGGCAGGCAGUGCCGAAGCGAUUUUGAUCUCUUGCCUCGAAGCGCCACACCUCCGAAGUGA